AUGGGCCCUGUCGAACUCGAACCUGAAAAACAACAACAUCAACAACAACAACUCUCCAUCCCCAAACGGCAGAAAGCCGUGGUCGUUGAAAAUGCCGGACCCAACGCCACGAUCUCCGUGCAGGAAACCGAAGUGCCCCUCUACGGCGACGACGAGGUGCUCAUACGCCUGUGCUACAGCAGCAUCUGCCAUACGGACGUGGCAUUCGCGUAUGGCGAGUGGGGCCAGAUGGGGUUCGGCAUGACGGACGGGAACCGCACGCCCGGGCACGAAGGUGUCGGGCAUGUCGUCGCCGUGGGCGCGAAGGUCGACGGUGAAAAGUUCAAAGUGGGUGAUCGCGUGGGCACCAAGUGGUUGCGGAGGGUGUGUGGGACGUGCGAGUCGUGCCAGCGCGGCGACGAGCACCUCUGCGCCGAACGCACCAUUUACGGCCAUGCGUCGCCGGGGUCGCUGCAGCAGUACGUGGCGUCGCAGGCGGCCACGACGCCACGGAUUCCCGACAGUCUGCCGCUGUCCAAAGUCGGGCCUUUGCUGUGCGCGGGCGUUACCAUGUUCCGGGCGCUGAAGAAGGUCCAGGCGGCCUCGACGGGCGACUGGAUCGCCAUCGCCGGCGCGGGCGGCGGUCUGGGCCACUUGGGGGUGCAGUUCGCGCGCAAGAUGGGGUUCCAGGUCGUGGGCAUCGACUCCGGCGACAAGGAGGACUUCUGCCUGUUCAUGGGGGCGCACCGCUUCGUCGACUUCCGCACGACACCCGACGUCCCGGCCGCGGUGCGCGCCGUCACCGGCGACAGCGGGGGCGCGCGAGGCGUGCUCGUGCCCACGGGCAGUCCGGCGUCGUACGAGCAGGCUUGCAAGAUGCUGGCGCCCGCGGGCACGCUGGUCUGCAUCGGCCUACCGGCCGGGGGGCCCUUCACGCUGCCGCUGCCGCUGCUCGACAUCAUCAACUCGGGGUACACCGUCACGGGGGUCAAUGCGAGCCGGCUGCAGGACAUUCAGGACACGUUGGACUUUGCGGCGCUGCAUCAGAUCCUGCCCAUGACCGAGCGACUGCCGAUGGGCGCGGCGGGGGAGGCGUUCGAGCGGUUGAAGGAGGCCAAGGUCAAAGGAAGGAUUGUGCUGGAUCUUCAAUAG